AUGAGCGUGCCCGUCGACAAGCCGUCCACUGCCGCACCCACGUCGCCCGCCAUGGCUGCCACCUCUGCGAAGCCAACCCUGCCGGCCCUCAAGACGCCCGUCUCGGCCACCUACCCGUCGGAGCUGCGCAGCCCGCAGGUUGCCACGCCGUCCUUGGUCAAGCGCGAGGAGGGCGAGAAGACGCCCAUCACCCCGCCCGCCGCCUAUGUCGACUUCCUCAAGGCCCUGUCUCCCGCCCUCAUGAGCCCCAUGCCCACCGGCACGAGCACCAAGUUUACAUUUGAGGAGCGACCACCUACGUCACGGACAUCGUCGGCCUCGUCCGCAACCACCUUCACCUCGUCCUCGUCUGCCGCCGACAAGCCUGCCUCGCCCGCCUCCUCCAGCGGCUCGCCGCCGCCGCCGCCUGCUGCCGCCGACCCGGCCCUUGCUGCUGCUGAGGAGACCAAGGCGGGCGACGCUGCCGCAUCGAGCGAUGCGGCGAAGACGGCGGCGCCUGAAAUGCGGGUCACCAUUCCUCCGCCGUCACCUUUCGUUCGGCCCAUGUCUGCGCGGACCCCACGCCUCCUCAUCCCGCAGAGCCCCUUCUCUCCCGCGCUGCGCACCCCGCUGAGCGCUCGCUCGCUGCACUCGCCCUACAGCGCAACCAUGAGCCCCGGCCCAUGGAGUUUGGACGGCAAGACCAAGGAUACGCGCGCUGUCAGCGUGCGCCAGGUCGUUACUCGCACGGUUACCUACACCCGCUCCCCAGUCGACGCGGCACAUGUCGCCCCUCUGGACCCUGCGCCCAAGGGCAAGAGAAGACGAAUCAAGUAG